AUGUUGACACAUUUCUGUUGGAAAUUCCGUAUCUGUUUAAUGUUCUAUCUAUUUCUAUUCAACUAUGGUAAAUGUAACGAUUGUGUACUCCAUAUAGACGAUUUGAAUAAUUGUGCAAAAUUGGCUGGAGUUACAAGAAUUCCAGAAAAGUAUAAAGGAUUUGGUUUUGGUUUUGGUUCAGUCGGUGAUGUGGAACAAAUGUGUCGAACAAAAUGGCAUAUCAAAGUGUAUUCAUGUGCUCAAUUAACUAUUCUAAAUCGUUGCUCACCUGAAUCGACUUCUCAUUUUCGAAAUAUAAUGUGGCAAUUUAUUUUUGAUACAACACCUUAUGAAAAAGCAGCAAACUAUUUAUGUCAACAAUAUAAUCUACGUAUUUUCAGAUAUCAUCGAGAUAAAUGUCUUUCUGCAUAUGAGUCUCAAGUUGAAAAUUGUUCCAAACAAUAUUCAGAUCUUUUGUCUCAAACAUAUUUGCAACUGGCUAAUAGUAAUCCAGUGAACUCACGCAAUGCCGAUGAAUAUGCCAAUUAUAUGAAAUCAGUGUUACGUUCAACAUAUUGUACAGGAACUAUCAAAAAAGUUAACUGUAUCAAAAAAAUACUUGAAUAUCAUUGUUCCAGUGAUAUCAUUGAAUUAAUACAAAAUUAUUUCAGAGAAACUUUACCAUAUGGAUGUGAACAAACUAAUCAGAUUUCUGAUUAUCUAUUAUCAAAAAUUAUAAAUAAAUCAAAUCAAACUGAUUUAAUUAUGAAUGAUUAUCGGAAUAUACACUUAGCAACUAAUUCAAGUCAAAUAAAAUUGAAUGAAACUAAUAAAAGAUCACAGCAACAAAAUGAUAUAAAAAAUAUAAAACGUAAUAAAUACACAAAUAUUAAUUCAAAUAAUACAAACAAUCAUUACAAUAAAUUGUUUCCAAUUAUUAUCUCAUGUUUAUCUAUCUCAUUAUUAUCUACAGUUUUAAAGUAUGAAGUCGAUGUUUGAAAGCAAAAGAAAAAAGAAAAGAAGAAAAUCUACUAAUUCUAUAUUGCAUGUUUUUAUUUGAGUAGACUUACAAGAGAGGGGACGAACUACUUACUUACUUACUUACUCACUUACGCCUGUUACUCCCAAUGGAGCAUAGGCCACCGACCAGUAUUCUCCAACCCACUCUGUCCUGGCCCUUCCUUUCUAGUUCUAUCCAAUUUCUGUUCAUUCUUCUCAUGUCUGUCUCCAUUUCUCGGCGUAAUGUGUUCGUUGGUCUUCUUC